GAGGUGAGUCAAAAACGUGAAGAUGCUGUGCAAGACUUCAUAAACCAUAAGGCUGCCAAUCUGAAGCUAGAGAUCGAGUCCUCUCCACUCCAUGCUGGAGGUCCAUCAGCAGCAUCAGUAGUUUCAGAAUGCAGCGUAAGCAGUUUGCCAAGCGACGCUCAUCGUUUAGAUCUCGAUUAUUCAAGACUUAGGGCUGAACAUCGCAAGUUGCAGAGGCAUUUGGAGGCAAGUCAAUUUUUCCUUGCAGUCCGUCAUGACAGAUAUCGCGCACCAGAAGUAAAAGAAGCAGUCCGGCGCUUGUUAAAAGGUGAUCCAGUCUCCUUAGAAUGGUAUCGAUCAAAGGAAGAAAAAGUGCAGCUACUCGAUGCAGCUAUAGAUAUUGUAGAUGGGAAUGUCAUUUUGGCAGUGAGUAGAGCUUUUGUGGUUCUCUUUCUCAAAAAUACGUUGAUGGACUCAAUUUUUCGCGAUUUACUGUUGAGAAAGCCUCAAGCCGCCGAGGAAUACAUAUCCUAUCUCAAAAUAACUAGGGAUUAUGAUGAGUUGACGACGACACUGUUUGCUCUGGGAAGAAAUGCUGAUGCUGCUAUGAUAGAAUUCUCAGCUGCUAUACGACAUCAGGUUGCUGAUCAAAAAGUGCAAGCGCUAAAGAAAUGUGUACGUAGCGGCUUCAGCGAUCCUCUGCUAAUGCCGGAAGCCGCUGUUGUUAACGACUACAUAGGCCUUCUUGAGCAACAGUUACCAAUUAACGUAGCGGAUGAUCAAAGUCGAAAUCCAGCGUUUACUGCUUUCCCGAAGAAUGCGAGCCUUGUUGGUAGAUCCGUGAUUGCCACAUAUUACUAUUGCUGCUUGUACCAUUAUGACGAUCCUGUGGUAUGUCAGUGUUGA